CGCCCACUUGUUCUUGAUUUUUCCUCCUUCCCAAACACAAAUUCCUUAGAUUAGAUGGAUCCGGUAGAGCAAGCAAAUCAAGAAUCUGACGAUGACGACCAAUCUUUCUUUGCCCAGUUCCUGCGAGGUGCUCCAACGGAGAACGGCCCGCUUGAGAGGGUGAUAGUGAUGAUGAUACACUACUUCGUCACGCAACUGCUGACCAGGUACCGAAGUGAGUUGGGAAUCAAGAAGGCUAUGCUGGAUGGGCUUCAGAAAGAAUCGCUGUUGAAACCUCCGUGUCGGCUCGAGAUUCUACCGCAAUCUUUGAGCAACAAGCAUAAGGAGAAGAUGAACGAUCUCAAGGCUGAAAUUGAGGUAUCGGAUGCUGAUCUCCAGAUGCUUCUGAAGCACAUCACUUAUACAGUUUUUGACAACUAUCACCUAUGCAAUUCCCUGCAGAUCCUAGAUGUGGAUGAGUACUCUCCUUUGAUGUAUGUUCAGAGCAUAUUUCCCGAAAUUGUUCAGAUCCCAAUUGAGUACAUAGGUCAUUUCCAUAACGAGCAAGAGGCCCAUGCUGAUGGAUUCCAGACAAUUUAGCAAGUUCUAAUUUUGGAGGUGCUGGUUGCUGCUCUGUUUCUUUCACGGUUUUCUCUAUUUCUUUUUCCUGUUUUUGCUACCAUUUGGGUCUGCGCUGCUCCGCACAGCACCACACAAAUUGGGGGAUUCCUGGACUUAUCUUCGCAGUUUCAAGUUUGGUUAAGUUCAACUGCUUUGUUGAGGCCGGCCCUUUUUGGUUCUUUUCUUUUAUCUACUCAUUGUUUCUAAUCGAAUAAACGAGUUGGGCGAAUGGUGUUCUAGCUGUGGGGCGUGCGUUCAUAGUCUGCUGAAAUUUGGAGGUGGAUUCAUGGAUCUCUGUUUGUAUAUUCUGUUUUACUUCUAUUUUUCAUGAAUCCCAUCUCAAAUUGUUUCUUCCACUCGAUGUAAAUUGCUUUCAAGUUCUUGUAUCUACAGCAUACUAGUGUGCUUUGUAGUCAAUUCAAUUUCAAUACAAUUUCCUGUUUGAG